CACUAAGCAGUUUUAAACUGGACAAACCAAAAGAAAAGAAAGCAUUAGCUUUGUUGUGUAUUAAAUAACAAUGUGAAAAAUGACAUCAUGUCUCUAUACCUUGAUAUGUGCGUAAAGUUAUCAUGGUAGGAAAAUUCAACAAGAAAAGGUACAUCCCAAGAUUUAUUUAUUUUUGUCGUUGAGAAUUCAUUUAUUUCAUAUAAUUGUGGUCCAAAAUUGUGGAAUGAGAUAAGCAAUCGAUGUUGAUGCCAUUAUUUCUGUAUUAGGCUUCAAGGCUACUUUUUUUCUCAUAUAAAAACAUUUUUGAUUGAUCAAACUACCCUGUAAGUUGAUAUUUUCCUCAUUUCAGCUGAACUGUGGUUACUAAUAUUAGUGUGGUGAUACCAUAAAAAUGCAUUCUGAACAUUCCAACAUAAGGAGUUUAGUUAACUUCAUUAAAGAAGCUGAACAAAUCUCCAUGGAGAAGCUUAUUAGGCCUUGCGACAAAGAAUACAUGCGGAUGACAAUGCUAAAACACCAAGACACUUUCAACGAACAGGUGUAUGAACUUCACCGUUUGUAUGGGAUUCAGAAGAUAUUGAUGAAAAAUACGGAAGCCAACAGAGGCAUUGAAGUAAACCAACGAGGAUGGAACUUAACAAAUGUGAUUAGUCUAACUAAACAUGAUUGCCAUAAAGGUGCACUGAAAAAUCCUAAAUUGAAAUUUGAUCUUGAAAUACCAGCCACCGAGGACACUGCACAAUCUGACAGCAACGGAGUUCUAGAGAUUAUAAACGAGACCGAGAUUGAGCUGACACUAGGCCCUUCAUGUUACAAUCGUAAGAAAGUAGAGACACCUCUAACUUCAGGUUCAGCACAUAGCUUGUCUUCUUCUUCUACUGGAUCCAGCCUUAUAAGCAAGACAAGAUUGAAGACACGUCAUAGCAGUCAUUCAACUAUAGAAGAAUUGAAGUGGAGGUAUAAUUGGUCUUGCCCAGGUGCCACAUUCAACCAGAGGGUGUCAAAGUGGAAUUAGAAACAGUUAUGAUAUUGAAGAACGAUUAAAAGAAGAGAAAUCGAAGCAGCCACCUUGGUUUUUAUGAGUGUUGAGCAUGAAC